CAUGAUGAUGUCACUCUGAAAUUCCAAAUGAGGAAAUGGGGCAGCAAAUGUAAGCCAAUGAGAGCUGUUUGAACUCAGAUGUGGUAUGAACCAGGUUUAUCAAUAGUCGUGGUCUGAAGAACGUGUUUGUGAAAGUCUACAUUCCACGAACACGAGUGAUUUGGAAAAUUUACUGCCGUGAAUUAUGUUCUGACGUUUGGUUAGACUGUCAUCAUUUGUGAAGGGGCUGUUUAAUGUACAUUGACACUGGACUCUAACACAGUAAUCUUGGAAAAUAAGGGACAUUUUGACUCAUUGUGGACUUGAAAAAUGCAAAGUGUUGUGCAGCAGGGUGGAUACCAUCAAGUAUUACCCUCACACCCGUGUGUUAUGGACUCAGCAUCCCUUGGCAGGGUGGGAGGAAAAGCAGGUACUCCCAGGAAGCGGCCUACACCAUUCAAUCUGAGAGAUGUCCCACCAGCCAGUCCUGUACCUCCACGCCCCGGCAUGGACUCAAGAGCCACCAUAGUUGUGGAUGGUCAGACAUUUGACUGUGAGGCAAAUGACUUAAAGACAUUAUGUGUGUUAGGGAGGGGAGCCUAUGGAGUGGUGGAGAAAGUGCAGCACAGACCCAGUAACACAAUUCUAGCUGUUAAGAGAAUCACAGCCACAGUGAACAGUGAGGAACAGAAGAGGUUACUGAUGGACCUUGAUGUGUCCAUGAGAACGGGGCAAUGUCCAUACAUGGUGCGCUUUUACGGCGCCUUGUUCAGAGAGGGAGAUGUGUGGAUCUGCAUGGAAGUUAUGGACACAUCACUAGACAAGUUCUACAAAAAAAUCUACGAAGGAGGAGAUGGGUCAUCCAUUCCAGAGAAAAUCUUGGGGAAAAUCGCCUUUUCUGUUGUGAAAGCCUUACAUUAUCUACAGUCUGAACUCAAAGUUAUACACAGGGAUGUGAAGCCAUCUAAUAUAUUAAUCAAUAAGAGGGGAGAAGUGAAGAUCUGCGAUUUUGGGAUCAGUGGAUAUUUAGUGGACUCUGUUGCCAAGACAAUAGAUGCUGGCUGUAAACCGUACAUGGCACCAGAGAGAAUCAAUCCAGCAAGUGGACAGAGAGGUUAUGAUAUCCGCUCAGAUGUGUGGAGUUUAGGCAUAACUAUGGUUGAAAUGGCCACAGGGAAAUUCCCAUAUAGCUCAUGGAAGACUCCUUUUGAACAGUUAAAACAAGUGGUAAAUGAGGCCCCACCCCGAUUGCCACCAGACACAUUCUCUACAGAGUUUGAGGAUUUCAUUGUACAAACGUUGACGAAAGAAGUGGAGAAGAGAGCCAACUACAUUCAGUUGCUAGAACAUCCCUUUAUUGUAAAAUAUGAACAUGAAGAAGUUGACAUGGCUGGUUAUGUAACAAGUGUUUUAGAGCGCUAUGGUGAUUUAAAUGACAACUCCUAAAUAAGCCUGUAGAAUAGAUCUGUAAAUAAGCAGGAGUACAUCUUUCCCGUGGCCCAGGGUGACCUCAGCCGCACAAAGGAGGAACCUUUCCCACCUGAAGUAAUUCGGAUCAAAGCUGUGUAGUCUGUUGUUCAUCCCUGUCUUUGCGAUGAUAUAUUGUGGGCAAACUGGUAACGUAGUACUAGUGGAUUACAACAGAACAACAGUGAAUCCUCCAGCUUGGACCUGAGUCGCCAUUGCAAGGGAAAAGGUACCCCAUUGGCUGUCUGUGUAGGGCAUGUGAGCAGGCAGUCUUUCCCAGAGCCAAUCUCUGACCUGUCAUGGCAAGUCCAUGUAACACAUGUAUGGAUUGGCUGACCACAAUGUUAAUGUAGUCAGUGUUGCAUUGGCUGAUGUAUUCACCACUUUGUCUAUCUUAGAAGUCCAGAUGGGUUUUUGCCAAGGAUAGAAAACUCCUAACAUAAGACUCCUACAUAAACUCCUACAUAAACCUUCAUUUCAUCAUGUCAUCUGUAAAGCCUUGUGUUCAAACUAGUAAACCUUCUUGAUUUUGAAAAUACAUGUAGUUACCAUAGGUAAAUAAAUGUUCAACCUAUUAGCUCAGCUUACAGUUUACAGUUCACUGCUAGAAGGCAGUGUUAAAGUAAACAUUUGAAAAUUGUAUACAAUCACAUGCACAAUGCCUUGGGUAUUUAUUUUGAUGUCAAAUGUUUUUGAUAGUAUUGUUGCUGUGAACUGGCAUGUAUGUGAGUAUUAAAGCAUAGGGAGUCAGUGCCAGAGGAAAAAAUUAAUUCGGCAAAUGAAUUUAUGAAAACCGUGGUACAACAACUGAUAUCGUUAUCUUUUCUUCUUCUACUAUCAUUAAACUAUAAGUGACUAUUUAAAAGGAUUUAAAAUUUACAGGUCAUGAUAUUUCUUGUUUGUUGACAAAUUAAAUUAUUGCAAAAACAGAAUAAUGAUUAUGGUUAGGUUAACAAAAUGCACAUGUAGCCUACUGAUUAAUGAAGGAUAAAAUUUAUACUGCCAUGAAUGUUUUUUACUCUACAUACCAUUCCAGACUCACUAUAAUAGUAACUGCUGGUUGCCCAGUGCCCAGUCUGCCCUCUCCAAUGUGCAGUGAUGAAACCAGGAACAUUGUGGUCAAUUUCUGUACAGACUUGUACUAUACAUGUUAAUAUAU